GUCAGGCACAGGCAGUCAGCAAUCACCUAAAUUCGUUUUAUAGUUGAUAAGUUCACAUUGAAAUUAAAUUUGUCGAUAUAAAUAUAAUCAAAGAAUAUAUUUACUCUAACGACGAGUACAUAAUUAAUUUACCUUACAUUAACAACAAUUACAAAGAUGAACAUCCUCUUUUAAUACGUAUAAUAACAUUGUCAACAUGAUGAUUUUGAAAAAGUUAUCCUCUUAUCCAUUUCGUAUAGCUGUAAGCUGCUAAUCAAACAAAAAAUCAUACCUACUUAUUAGAUAGUACAAAGUUCGCUCACAAAGGUGACAAGUUAUCCAAUUAAGUCAAGUUUUCAAGUGUAACUAAGUGCUCUGUGAAUUAAAUACAUUAAAAUUACAUGUUGUAAAUACCUAAGUUGUAUUUUUAUUUAACUGAGUAAUAAUAUUGAGAUAAAGGAUCAGUAUUUACUAUUUAGUAGUGAGUUGUGUCAAUUGUCAUGUCUCUUUCAGCUCAGAAACUGUUGUCGUCUGCUGCUCGUGAAAGGUGUGUGUCACGUCUAAGAGAUCAACCACACUUUUUGUACGAAACUGGAAUUCCAAAAGUGAAAGCUGGUGUUUUAGUGCCUUUAUGUAUUGUGAAUGAUGAAGUGCAUAUUCUGUACACUCUCCGAUCGAAACAGCUCAAAGCCCAUAAGGGCCAAGUCUCAUUUCCAGGUGGAAAAAUGGACAUGGGUGAAGACAUCAUUGAAACAGCACUGAGAGAAUCUGAAGAAGAAAUUGGGUUGCCUCGAGAAUCUGUUGAUAUAUGGUGUGAAAUGUCUCCAAUACAGGGUCUUGAUAAAAACAUGCUAAUUAUACCUGUUGUUGGUGAAAUAAAGAAUUUUGAUAAUCUAAGCUUGAUUCCUAAUGAAGAUGAAGUGGAAGAGAUCUUCACUGUACCCAUUCAACAUUUAAGUAACCCAGAGAAUCAUGCACACCUCAAGUAUGAAAAGCAAAUGGUACCGAUAUUUGAAAAUGGAAAACACAAAAUAUGGGGCAUUACUGGAUUUAUAACACAUUUAUUUCUGCAAUGUUUUCUUCCUAGUGGUAGUUAUAUGGUAGACUUUGACAGAAAACAUUAUAAAAUUAAUGAACUAGUAGCAAAACUAUAAAUUUUAUUUCUUUAAUAGUUGGGUACAGAUUUGGUUUUCCGUUACAUGUGAAAAAUCUUGUUCAGGAAAGAAUUUUUAUUUAUUCAAACAUGUUUUUUUAACUUUUGAAUAAUACUUAUAUAAAGUUCUGUUUUCACAAGUACAAAUAAAACAUGGCAUUUUUCUACAGCUGCUCUGUGAGUACUAUUCUUUGGUUGAACAAGAGUAACUUGAGGAGCCUGUGAAAUUUGGGUACUUCCUUUUAAAAAUUACUACUUAUUGUUACUAUACAUAUAAAACAAGUUGAAAAUAUUGAAAUUUCAUUAUACCUGUCUUUAUUUAUUACAUAAUUAUAAUAUUUUCAUUAUAAUGUUGAUAUGAAUAAAAAAUCACAAAUUGUUUAAUAAAUAUAUUUUUAUUUAA